CCGCAGCGAAGAUGUCGCUGUCCAAGAGGGAGCUGGACGAGCUGAAGCCAUGGAUCGAGAAGACGGUGAAGCGGGUCCUGGGCUUCUCGGAGCCCACGGUGGUCACGGCCGCGCUCAACUGCGUGGGCAAGGGCAUGGACAAGAAGAAAGCGGCCGACCAUCUCAAGCCCUUUCUGGACGAUUCCACGCUGCGGUUUGUGGACAAGCUCUUCGAGGCGGUGGAAGAAGGCCGAAGCUCCAGGCACUCCAAGUCUAACAGUGACCGGAAUCGAAAGCGGGAGCUGAAGGAUGUGUUUGGUGAUGACUCGGAGGUCUCCAAGGAAUCUUCUGGUGUGAAGAAGCGGCGCAUUCCGCGGUUCGAGGAGGUUGAGGAUGAGCCGGAGGUUAUUCCAGGGCCGCCUUCGGAGAGCCCCGGGAUGCUCACCAAGCUGCAGAUCAAACAGAUGAUGGAGGCUGCCACGCGCCAGAUUGAGGAGAGGAAAAAGCAGCUGAGCUUCAUCAGUCCUCCAACACCACAGCCAAAAAUCUCCUCUUCAUCCCAAUCCGAUCGUCUCCCCAUCGGCAACACUAUCCAGCCCUCCCAGGCAGCAACGUUCAUGAAUGAUGCCAUUGAGAAGGCCAGGAAAGCUGCAGAGCUGCAAGCCCGAAUUCAGGCUCAGCUGGCCUUGAAACCAGGGCUUAUAGGCAAUGCCAACAUGGUGGGGCUGGCCAACCUGCACGCCAUGGGGAUUGCACCUCCAAGGGCAUUACCUGGACAGAUGAGAGCUUUCACAAAUCAUAGGAAGGUGGAACUGAAGGAUCAGACAAAGCCCACGCCACUGAUCUUGGAUGAACAAGGCCGAACUGUUGAUGCGACUGGUAAAGAGAUUGAAUUGACUCACCGCAUGCCAACCCUAAAAGCAAACAUCCGAGCUGUGAAGAGAGAGCAGUUCAAACAGCAGCUAAAAGAAAAGCCCUCCGAAGAUAUGGAGUCGAACACUUACUUUGACCCUCGGGUCUCCAUAACCCCAGCCCAGCGUCAGAAACGCACCUUUAAGUUCCAUGAGAAAGGCAAAUUUGAGAAAAUUGCACAGAGGUUGCGAACGAAGGCUCAACUAGAAAAACUGCAGGCAGAGAUCUCUCAGGCUGCCAGAAAGACCGGGAUACACACCUCUACCAAGUUGGCCCUUAUUACCCCCAAAAAGGAGCUGAAAGAAGGGGAGAUCCCAGAAAUAGAGUGGUGGGACUCUUACAUCAUCCCGAAUGGCCUCGAGCUAACAAGUGGAACAUCCAAGAGAGAUUACUUCGGGAUCACGAACCUUGUGGAGCACCCAGCACAACUAAACCCCCCAGUGGACAGCGACACCCCGGUGACCCUUGGUGUUUAUUUAACUAAAAAAGAGCAGAAGAAGUUACGGCGACAGACUCGGAGGGAAGCUCAGAAGGAGCUGCAGGAGAAAGUCAGGCUGGGCUUGAUGCCACCACCAGAGCCCAAAGUAAGAAUCUCCAACCUGAUGCGAGUGCUGGGGACAGAAGCCGUUCAGGACCCGACAAAAGUCGAAGCUCAUGUCAGAGCACAGAUGGCAAAGAGGCAGAAAGCUCACGAAGAAGCAAACGCUGCAAGAAAACUAACAGCAGAACAACGAAAAGCCAAGAAAAUUAAAAAGCUCAAAGAAGAUAUUUCCCAGGGAGUUCACAUAGCUGUGUAUAGGGUCAGAAACUUGAGCAAUCCAGCAAAAAAAUUCAAAAUUGAGGCGAACGCUGGCCAGCUCUACUUAACAGGCGUGGUGGUUUUACACAAAGAUGUCAACGUGGUCGUGGUAGAAGGAGGUCCAAAAGCACAGAAGAAAUUCAAACGUCUUAUGCUCCAUCGAAUAAAAUGGGAUGAGCAAACAUCAAACACAAAGGGAGAGGAUGACGACGAGUCUGAUGAGGAAGCUGUUAAGAAAGCAAACAAAUGCUCUCUGGUUUGGGAGGGCACAGCAAAGGAUCGCAGCUUUGGCGAGAUGAAAUUUAAGCAGUGCCCCACUGAAAACAUGGCACGGGAGCACUUUAAAAAGCACGCAGCAGAGCACUACUGGGACCUGGCUCUGAGCGAAUCCGUGCUGGAAUCCACAGACUGAGGGGGCCGCUGCCCCGGCAUUUCUCGGCGUCUACGAUACCUCGCGGGAACUCGGACGAGCCCCUUCCUCCCCUCCGCUCUCCACAGUACAAGGCAUACGAUUAAAGAAAUAUUUUUUAAA